AUGUUUAAAUUUGAAAAUGUGGAUCCACAGGGUUACGCAGUGUCCAUUGACACCUACAGUUUAGAGUGCAUCCCAGAUAAUACACUACCUCAUGAUCUGAAGCAGAAAGAUGAGGAAGACUUAAUGAUUCUGGACUUCCUACCAAUGAGGAAAUCUGUAGCUCGGGUUGUAACCGAGUAUCUAGUAAGAAUGCAGAAUGACAUUAUAAACCAUGUCAACCCCAGAGAAGACAGGUCAAUCAGUGCAUAUGACGUUAAGCCAUCCCAUGUAAUUACCUGUGUUCCUGAGCAAGAUUUCCUGAAUAUUGCCAUUUCAAACAUUGAUCAUGUGUUGAAUAAUGAUGGGAAAGAACACACCAACUACAACUUCCAGACUGUGGAAAGGCAGCUGGUUGACCGGUUCUUCAUGGAGAAACCUUUGAUUGACCUCAUGACAAUUCCAUUAUUUGAAUACAGAACUGGAACAACCCUCCGUGUCUUCUUCAGCACAGUGAAAGACAAACUGGAACCCCUCAGCACCAAUGACUGGAACUGCAUUAUGAAUGAUUUUAGAUUUUUGAAUGAGAUCUCUGCAGCCCUCUCCACUCUGAAGAUUGCCAUUGGAUUCAUGAAGCUUUCCUUUCCUAAUCCAAACCAGUACCUCACAAACUACUUGAAAAGGGACCUGAAACUUGAUGACAGAGUGCACACAUUGAGUCGACCAGUGCUGAGAAGCAGUAGAGUGAAGCACAUCCAGUCUCUGUGGGAGGUUUUGUCUUUGAGACAGUCAUCUUUACUCAUUGAGAUGAAUCAGAAUCCAUUUUUCAUGAUUGAUGACCAGGAAUUUCAUGUCCACUUCUCAGAAGAAGAGAAGAAAAAAUAUAUGAAAAUUCUGGCAGGUUUCUCCAACAUUAACGUUCUCAUCACAGAGCUCCACUAUGUGAUCAUGAACAUCAGGUUCAAGGAUAUCAGUCCAGACUGGGGAAUUAUGGAAACCUUUGAAGCCUUCGAUGACAAAAAUGAGAUUGAUGUUAAGGCUGUGGAGUGUCUGGAGCCUCUUCGAGACUUGGAGAUGAGAUAUGGAAUCGCUCUGUGGAAACUCGCCGUACAGAUGAAGAAGGGCAUCAGGGGCACUAGAUAAAGUGAUUCAGGACACAAACAUGUCCAAGAGCAUCCAAGCUCUCCUAACUAUCCUUACAUAUAUAGUAUACUCUAAAUAAUCUCACCAAAUGUACUGCAAUUACUCAAAAACACUAUGUUAUCUAAAAAUGAAUCAUUUUGUGAUCUUUAACUAAUUGUGCUUCAUUUACGUUCUAAAAAAAAUCUUGUUCUGUGUCUUUUAAGCGCUGUUUUUUGAUGUACAUGAACAGUUAUGCCUGGAUUUUGCUGUCAGCAUUUAAUGUCCACGUUUCUAGAGAAAUAUCCAAGUCCGGUUUAUUCCAUAUUCAGAAUUAUCAGUUGUCUGUCACUGUCAUAAUAUAAAUGCAGCACCUAUAUUAGCUUUUUCUGCCAGCGUUAUGUAUAAUUUUACUGUGGUGAUUUGGGUAUUUUUGUUUUUUCUCUAUUUACCUUGUUUAUAAUUUAGCUUGUAAAAGUAAUUUUUCUGAACAAUUAUUAAAGGCUAUGUUUAAAAUUAUACAAAAAGUUGUAGAUUUAAACUAAUUUUAUAUAGUAAUUGUUUUGCCCACCACAUGCAAGAAGAAUUCAUGAGUUUCAUCACAUUAUGCAAACAUUUUCUUUUUUGUUUAUUUUUCAUUGAAAUAUGAGGUUAAUUUACAUUCUGCAUGGUGUAUUGAUGUAUUUAUGUAAACAAAGUCAAAUAUUCUUAGGAAUGUCCUCAAACAGUAUGUCGGCAUAUUCAUAACCAUUUAGUGUAAUGACUUUCUGUAAGGGCAAAAAAAAAAAACAUAUUAACUAAGGGUAAAAGGGUUUGAUUAUUUUGAUGAUCUACAAGCAAAUAAAUACUUCAUAA